GUUCUGAGGAAAGAAUCCGGACUACACUUAAAAUGUAGUGUCCUCGUCACACUGCGGGGCCAUGACUGGAAGGUCUCUCUUCUAAGUAUUUUGGGAGAGUGACAUCACCAAGAGGGUGAUGGAGGUGGUUCCUGACUUUGCUCCUCCUCACGAGAACUAGCAUCUGUUUAAGAAUAAGACACCCCUGUAGGAACCCUAGAACACGGAGCCAGGCUGAGGCGCCCUGCACCUCAGAGACCAGCAGAUGGACAUGCCAGGAGGUGGCCUUGCCUGCACCCCGAUUGGUUUCUUUUAGGGAACCACGAUCCCAGGGCCCGCUGAGAGUUGACACCUUUAAUUAGCACCAUGGAGAGAAGCCUGAGGAACGUCCUCGUCGUUUCUUUAGGAUUCCUGCUUCUCUUUACUGCCUAUGGGGGUCUGCAGAGUCUGCAGAGCAGCCUGUACAGCGAGGAGGGCCUGGGGGUGACGACGCUCAGCACCCUCUACGGCGGGGUGCUCCUGUCCUCCAUGUUCCUCCCGCCGCUCCUCAUCCAGAAGCUCGGCUGCAAGUGGACCAUCGUCGUCUCCAUGUGCUGCUACGUGGCCUUCUCCCUGGGCAACUUCUAUGCCAGCUGGUACACAUUGAUCCCCACCUCCAUCCUGCUGGGACUCGGAGCAGCGCCUCUGUGGUCGGCGCAGUGCACCUACAUCACCAUUAUGGGAAACACACACGCGGAGGAGGCAGGGAAAAUUGGCCGAGAUGUGGUGAACCAGUAUUUCGGCAUCUUCUUUCUCAUGCUCCAGUUAUCCGGUGUGUGGGGCAACCUGAUCUCAUCCCUGGUGUUUGGCCAGUUGCCCACUAAAGAGGCCAUUCCAGAGGAGCAGCUCCUGUUCUGUGGGGCCAGCGACUGCCUGUUAGACAUAAAGUCCACCAACAGCACCCGGAACCCCUCCCAGGAGCUGAUCUACACCCUGCUGGGCAUCUACACGGGAAGCGGGGUCCUGGCCGUCCUGCUGAUAGCCGUAUUUCUCCAACCCGUAAAAGAUGUUCAGCAGAAAAAUGAAGAGAAGAGACCAUCGUUUUGGUUUACUGUUCUGUCGACUUUCAGGCUCCUUAAAGACAGACGUCUGUGUCUCCUGGUCCUGCUGCCCAUGUACAGCGGAUUUGAGCAAGCCUUCCUGGCUGGCGACUACACCAGGUCCUACACCACUUGCGCCCUGGGGAUCCAGUUUGUCGGCUACGUGAUGAUCUGCUUCUCAGCCAUCAACUCGCUGUGCUCCGUGUUCUACGGGAAGAUCUCCCAGUACACGGGCAGAAUCCCGCUCUACACACUGGGAGCAGUGACCCACCUGUGUUGCAUCAUCACCCUCUUGCUGUGGAAGCCUCACCCCAGUCAGCUGGCUGUGUUCUUCAUAUUGCCCGGCCUUUGGGGCACAGCUGACGCCGUCUGGCAGACACAAAACAGUGCUCUUUAUGGCGUCCUGUUUGAGAAGAACAAAGAGGCCGCCUUUGCCAACUACCGCCUUUGGGAAGCCCUGGGGUUCGUCAUUGCGUUUGGCUAUGGUACAGUUUUAUGUGUUAAUGUCAAACUCUAUAUCCUCCUGCUCAUCCUGGUUCUGACCAUGGUGGCAUAUGGGAUUGUUGAGUAUAUGGAGUUUAAGAACUCAAACAGGCCGCAGGCCACAGAACAGACAAAACCAGCAGAGGAAGGGGAAACGCGGACGGAAAUGUGAGAGCGACAGCCUCCUUGGCAGAUGAGUGCGGAGGGCAUCAGCAAGAGGAAUUUAUCUGAAGAGGCCUCGGGGUUUACAGUAGUUUCUUCACAUUUGUUUCAGCAGUAUUUGGCCAUAUUGAAGAUACAAUGAUAUAGUUUAGUUUCAUUUCUUCAUGUAAUUUUUUUUUCUAUUCCAACCAAUUUUCAGUCCACCAUCUCAUCAAUAGAAAUCAGGAGCAUACAGGAAGGAAUCAGUUAAUUUCCAACAAAAGAAAAAUGUUUCUGGUAUAAUUAGCCCUAAGGAAUUUGCUCAGAAUCACAGAAUCAACAACUUAGACUUGUUUGUGUUGUUGUCAUUGUUGUUUUUUUUAAAGAAUUGGAAGGAUGCUUAAAAUAAUGCAGUCUAACACUGUGAUUUUGCAAAAGGGUAAACUGACGUCUAGGCAAGGCCUUCCCAGGGUCAGUAAGUAAUGAAGCCAGACUAGAGUUUAUGUGUCUUAGAACUUAGUAAGAGUUUCUAAAUAGAUGCAAUUAUAUUAUGGA